GGGAUAGGGAAAGUCGGGGGUUCCAGGGCGCAAAAAACGCCCCUACCCUGGUUUACCAUGCGCUGCGCUACGGGGAAAAGGGAAAUUCGGGAGGGGAUAUCACCAGGGAAGGUUUAGUAUACAGGGAGGUGCUUGUCAACCGCCGAGAAAGGGGGGGUACGAAAGCUGCUGCAUGCAGCUGGUUUCGGCCCCGCCGAGGGGCCCAUUCCUCGAUGCAUGGGCGCCUCCCGGCGCCGGGAGGCGCCAGGAAGAUCAGUUGCGUGAGCUGCUUCUCAACCCCCCCCUGUGCUAACCCCCCCUUUUGCCCGACCCGAGUGUGGGCGCCGCGGCGAGAGCGACGAGCCGAGUCGAAGAGCAACAAUCAUUGCAUGCACAUCAGCUUCUGGCGCUCCGCGCGGGCCUCUCGGUGUUUUGGUGGGGCGGGAGGACGAGGAGGAGGUGGUCUGGCGCACGUACUCGCAGGACAAGCUCGGCAGAAGCUGGACGUGCCAGCACAAUGGCGAAGAGCAUGAAUAUGAGUCUGGUCGGUCGGACCGGUGCUUCACUGCAUCAAUGGGACAUGUGUGGAUUUUGUUCAGUUCCGAGACAAACGAAAAAGGGCCAGCGAUUGCCCCGAUGCGUUGACGAAGGUUCGAUGUGAUAGUCCCACUUUGGAUAACUGGCGUUUUGCGUGGUCUUCUGAUUCGAAUGGCAAAGGCGGCAACAUAUGGACGUACAGGCUCUAUGGCGAAGACCAGGGGGUAAGUAUGUCUUGUCGGUGGGACCGCGUGGGCAGCAGGUCUUCAACAAACAUUAAUCCUUGGCUUCACCCUGGGCAGCCUGGACCGCCACUGCCAAGGAGGACGAGGACAACGUGGUUUGGUGCGCGUGCUCGAAGGACAAGGUACGCAGGAUCAGGACGUGCCAGCACAAUGGCGACGAGCAUGCGGAGAAGUCUGGUUGGUGGGACCUGUGGUUCAUUGCAUCAAUGGGACAUGUGUGGAUUUUGUUCAAAUCGACAAAAAUGUUCGGGCCAGCGAUUGCCCCGAUACGUUGACGAAUGUUCGAUGUGAUAGCUCAACUUUGGAUAACUGGCGCUCUGCCUGGUGCUCUCUCUCGAAGCAUAAGGAAGACAACAUCUGGACGUACAGGCACAACGGCGAACACCAUGAAGGUGAGCAAGUUUUGUCGGUGGGACCGCGUGGGCAGCAGGUCUUCAACAAGCAUUCACAGUUGGUUUCAGCCUGGGCAGCCUGCACCGCCGGUGCCCAUGACCACGACGGCGGUGAGCGCGACGUCGCAGGACUUGAUGUGCCCACGCACCGCGGCCUCGCCGAGCGCAGCCCCGAGAGCGGCACAUGCCGCGCCGCCCGAGGGAGACCAGCCGCGCGGCCGAGGGCUGCCCACGAUGCGAGCGGCCUGAGGUCUGGAUAGUCGAACUGCCGGCGUAGAGUUGCGCGCGAGUGCCCUUACUUCCAAUGCAGCGUGCCGCGCUGGUUGCCCGCGUAAUUACGCUGCGGCGUGAGGCCGCUGCGCCACCUCGCGCAAGGCUCGUUUCCGAUCGUUGCUGCUCUCGGGCGUGCGAGUGAGGGCCGGCCGCGGGCGGCAUGCAGCGGAGCCCGCUCCCCGCUUCAGAUGGAUGGGAUGUGCGGGAAG